GUCAAGUCGAUUUUCCCGGCGAAUCGCGACGUGGCAGUGGUGAUGGACGACGAGACCUAUCUCACCUUGCAUGGCAACGACUGGCAGGGUACUUCGUAUUUCACUUCCCCAACGAAAGAAGUGAGCUCCGAGGUGAAAUACCAGUGUUGACGUUUCGUUUAUCCUUUUUGCCCAUCGGUUUAGUGAAUCAAAGUAGACGUUGACAAUUUUUUUAAGCUGCGUGUCACCAAAACGAAAAUUAAGGAUAAAGUUGAAAUUGACGAUGACACCCCGGUAAGCAUACAGACGCGAGGAAUACGGACACGAGACAUAUGGACACGAGGCCGAAAGGGCCCGAGGCCGAAUGAACGCAAACCCGAAUGGACACAAGGCCGAUAGAAAGUGAGACGGAAUACGUUAUUAUCGUAUUCAUCCUUACAGCCCUCUUUCAUCAACAUGUAUUUCGCUUCAGAGUGUCAUUUGGAUUCAUUCGGCCUCGCGUCCAUUCGGCCUUACGUCCAUUCGGCCUUGCGUUCGUCAUGCCUAGUGGCAGUAUGCCUCACAUCCAUUAGGCCUCGCGUCUGUAUGCCUAUUUAUAAACAACUAGGGCAUAAAAAUUAUCGCAUCUCAUAAUAUUUCAUUUGGAUGCAUUUAAAUUACAAAUAUAGCAAUGCUACAUACCUUGCUACCAAUAUUGAUUAAUUUAAGAAACAAUUUCCAACUUAAAACACCUGAAUUUGCGGUAUUAAAUUGCCUAGUUAGUAAUGAUAUAUCAACAAACACGAAAAAGUUAUUCGCUGUUGCAUAGUAAUGCUUCGUCUCCAAGUGAAAAAACGCUUCCUCACCCCGCGCCUACUUUUUGGUCAAAUCGUUACACCAUGUUCCACUCAUCAUGCGUAUAACGUCCAUUAUGCAUGUCAGUCAACGUUAGAACGGUUGAUGAUUUUCCUGCUUUUUGUGCUUAUACCACUAUUUCGACUCUCUAUGAGUAAAAAUUGCACUAAAGGGGAAAACCCGCAUGGAACAGCUCUGGACGUGGAAUAUUCUUUUCAUCCAUCGCAAUGAAUUCAGUGUUUUCCCAGGAUUUACCCGACUGGAUUGAGCGUGUCCGGACAACAGUGUUUUCGAAAAUUAUGCGAAUUUUCAGGCUACUAUCAGUGGUGACGCUUUACGCGAGUGAAUCUCAUACUUGGGGUUGGCCUUGGAGCUGUAGUAUAAAUGUGGAUUUUGAAGUGAUGGAGCCUCAAGGCCUUAUGCUUUGGACCGCUCGAAAACCGAACACGAAAUUGUUCGGUAUCGAACUGUAUAUCAAUCCAACCGGAAAAAAUGAUCAGUGCUAUCUGUGCAAGAACAUUACAGAGGUGACGCAUGGCAAGUUCCUAAUUAGCGAUGAUAACGUGGUUGUCAAAAGGGGUGAUGUUUUGGAAUAUGUAGUUAUAACAGACAACGGAAAGACAGCCAAAAGGCAUAAGCGGGAGAAGUUGGUCGUGAAGGAUUAUAUGAUCAAAUCCCAGAGCCGAUGUGCAUACGGGUUUCCUUCGACUCGAUUGUCAAGUGUUCAUAACACCGAAUCGAACAAGGAAAUCGAACUUUUGGAACGCAUUAUCACCAGCCUAUCGGUUCGCUGUGCCGAAGGAGCUGUAUCUAAUUAUCUUUUGCUGCAAGUAUCAACUGCCGCCGGUCCCUCGAAUCUACUGGAACGCGUACAGGAAUAUCUUCCAGCCAACACAACAUUACAACCUUACGCCAGCACUGUAAUAACGGCCGGGGAGUAUGCGGAUGGAAUCGCCUUCCAGGUGCAAACGAUUGUGGACAAACUCAAAAUUCUGGAGCUGAGUCACACCGGUAGCGAUAUAGUGGACUUCGACGGAAUUACUACGACCGAUAGGGUAGACAUGCUAAUUUCAGAUGAUUAAUUCAGGAUAGAUAACACAAAAUAAAAAAAAGUGCACUCCAAAAACUCAAACCAGAAAAAAAUAAAAGAUCAUAGCUAUUCAACUAUUCCCAUGAAUUUUGGUGCCCCUGAGUCCUGACCAUUACCAAAACGCGCCAACUUACGUGAGAUUUCACAUAGUUAUGAUUACGAGAAACCUCAUUUAAGUCUCUGACAAAAAGUUAGUGGCUAGGGACACCAAAUUCACAGAAAUGGUUGAAUAGCUAUAAACUUUCAUUUUUCCGGUUUGAGCUUUCGGAGUGCACCUGUGUUGACCAGUGUUAUUUAUGAGUGGUUGUUACGGUACCGCCACAUCGAUGAAUUACCAACUUCAAAACUAGGUUAUUAAAAACCGAGAACGGAUUUUGAGAAAAAGAGUGCAAUGUUACUGAAAGUAGAAAGUUAAAUUGGUGCAUACUAUAUUCGUAGUGUUAAUGAGAAGUACCUGUUUCUGGGAAGUUUAGUAUAUUAAAGUUCCGUUUUCAACUUACACAACUGAAACAAUAUACUCAAUGUACAAAUAAGAGAUUAAUGAAUAUCAACAAAAAUAUAGUCAGAACUUCAUGCUACCAGGGAAUGGGAAUUUUUCAUUUUCCUAAUAAUUAAAUAUUCGACGAAUUAACGAAUUACUUCAAUCCACCUUUUAACACCAAAUCUGUUGGCUUUCUUUCCGAAACAACAUUGUCAAACCUUUCUCUUACUAGGUAUAAUGAUAAUAUCAUUCGCAAAGCCUACAAAUUCGAAACCUUAAGCUUCUGAGCUUUUGAAUGGAUCAUCCAUGACUAGAGACUACAUACAGUCGAUCGCGGAAUUGAACGAACACCUUGGGUUAUUUGAUAAAAAGUAAAAACUUCAAAUUAAAAAGUAAAUAAUUUUAAGUAACUCUUGUUUUUCAUAGAAUCGAUCCCUCUUACUUCUAUGUUGUCAAAAGAAAAUAUAAAAUCGGUUUCAUGUUAACUUAAAAAAAAUA